AUGACUAUCUUAAGAGGCUUUGUACGUGGCUACCGACGGCUCGUGGCCACGCUCGUGGCGCCACAGAGCUGUCCGAUCUGUCUGGAGGUUGUCCCGGUGCUGGAGCUACGCGACGUUGAGGGCAGAGACAACGAGGAGGCGCAUGUCAAGCUACAGUGUCGCCACCGCUUUUGUGCUGCAUGUAUGCGGAGGUACAUUGAGAUGAAGAUCCAGGCGCGCCAAGUCGAUGAAGAUCAUCUCGUGUGUCCCGUGGUGACCUGUAAGCAGCGGAUCAAAGAGGACGCGAUCCUGCGCGUUGUGGGGCAGGACGGAACGGCUCGGUAUCGGGUGGUGUUGAAGCGCCAGCAAGAUGAGAAGAACCCGAGCGCGCGGUGGUGUCCACGACCAGGUUGUGACGAGCUCGUUGUCUGUGAAGACACGGCCAACUUUACUUGUCCGAAAUGCGAGACCGUGGGCUGCUUUCGUUGUCGGGGCUAUGCGCAUUGGUUCUGGUUCUGCCGCGGUGAGGAAGACAAAUCGUAUCUGGCCUGGGAAGCAUCAGUCGGAAAGCAGAGAGCAGUGCGGGCAUGUCCUCACUGCCAGAUGCGAAUCUGGAAGAACGAAGGGUGCAACCACAUGACGUGCACGCGGUGUCGGUUCGAGUACUGCUGGGUCUGCGACAGCACGUGGGAUGCCAGUCACUAUGCAUGCUACGACCUGCCAUUUGUAAAGGCCUCCACUGCUUGGGGCCGUCGAUUGCAGCGUACGUUGGGGUAUGCGUCCAUUGGAUUGAUCGUGGCCGUGAUCUCGGCGUUUGGCUUCUAUACCUUCGUGGCCGGCUACGUAUUGUUCUGCGCCAUGGUGCACGCCACUCGUUUAGCUCGGCGCCACUUUGAAAAUGUCGCCGCCGUUGCCAGUUGA